CGGGGCGGGCCGUCGCAGAGCCUCCGCCCCCUCAAUCUUUUCUGGGCCCCGCGUACACGGUGGUUCGUAGGGGGGCCGCCUGAGCCGCGGGAAGGGCACCCUAAGGGAGAGGAGGACGCGAGGCACUGUGGCAGGAGAAAGUGACGAGUGCCCUUCGUUGUCAUCCAGGGAGGAGCACGCGGUCACUCUCCCACUCGACCGCCCACGACCAACUCGUCCGCAGAGAUGUCAGCCGCUGGCGCCCGGGGCCUUCGAGCCACCUACCACCGGGUCCUCGAUAAAGUGGAGCUCCUGCUGCCGGAGAAAUUGAGGCCGUUGUACAACCACCCGGCAGGUCCCAAAACAGUUUUUUUCUGGGCUCCAAUUAUGAAAUGGGGGUUGGUGUGUGCUGGAUUGGCUGACAUGGCCAGACCUGCAGAGAAACUCAGCACAGCUCAAUCUGCUGUUUUGAUGGCCACAGGGUUUAUUUGGUCAAGAUACUCACUUGUAAUUAUCCCAAAAAACUGGAGUCUCUUUGCUGUUAAUUUCUUUGUGGGGGCAGCAGGAGCUUCUCAGCUCUUUCGUAUUUGGAGAUAUAACCAAGAACUAAAAGCUAAAGCAAACAAAUAAGAGUUCCUGACCACCCGAACAAUCUAGAUGUGGAUAUACCCACUGGGACUAAUUUGAUUUAUUAUUUGGCUAUUGAUAAGGUGAUAUUAACUGUGCUACUGUUUGGAAGUCAUAAAAAAACUGUAAACUGGGGGCUAAUACUUGAUUCAACAGAAAAAUAAAGCAAACUUUUAAUAAUAGUGUUUCUUUAUAUGUGACUUAAGAAACUUAUCUAUGCA